CCCCGCCGGCCGGCAGACAUGAGGUUAAAGGGGGCGAGAGCUCCGGGUUCCUGCCCUGGAGCUUUGGAGGAAACUUUCCUCGCCCUGGAGCUGCGAGCGCAGAGCUGGGACGGACAGUCGGGCGCAGGCAGGAGGAGAGGCAGGGCGACGCGUGGGGCGCAGGAAGUGGGAACGGGGCGGGCGGGACCCCGCUGUCCCUGGCUGCCCACGGCUGAGCGCAGGAAGGGCCAGGCCAGUGUGAGGAAGGACACCAGGGGUCCAGGCCCACAGCCCGCAUAGGCUCCCUGAUGGUGCAACCCCCCCACCACCAGCUCCGCCCCUGCAGCAGUGCCACUGGGUGUUGGUGCUCCUGCCGGGCUCGGGGGGGGGUGAGUGGAAAGCUCAUCCCAGGGUCUGUUACCGCCCUGAGCCCCAUGGCCAUUUAAUCCUUCACCCAUUAACUUGGACUAAUAAACCUUGUGGGAGAGAGGCUAAAAGCCGUGCCUGCACCAGUGCAGUCUCCGCCAGUGCCGCUCCAGCUGCCCACCAUGGCAGCCGGCUUCUUCAUCAGCAAGACUGUGGGCAUUGUGGCCAUCGUGCUGGGCCUGGGGGCUGUGGCCACAAUUAUUGCACUCUCGGUGGUGUACGCCCAGGAGAAGAACAAGGGAACGUCUGAUGUGGGUACCAGCAGCACGCCUGGCCCCAACAUCACCACCACCCCCACCUCCACCCCCACCCCCAACAACCCCUGGAACCGGUGGAGGUUGCCGACCACGCUGAAGCCGGAUAGCUACGAGGUGUCCCUGCAGCCCUUCCUGAAGGCCGAUGCCAACAACAUGUACAUCUUCAAGGGCAACAGCAGUGUGGUCUUCAUCUGUAUGGAAGCCACCAACCUCAUCCUCAUCCACAGCAACAAGCUGAACUACACCAUGCAUGGCUCCUUCCAUGCCACGUUGCAGGCAGAGGGUGUUGGCAGUGCCCCUGCAAUCUCCCGCACCUGGCUGGAGACUCCCACCCAGUACCUGGUGGUGCAGCUGGAGACCCCCCUGCAGCAGGGCCAGCGGUACCAGCUGUCCUGCAACUUCACCGGGGAGCUGGCUGAUGACCUGGCUGGCUUCUAUCGCAGCGAAUACACGGACAAGUCAGGCAACAAGCAGGUGGUGGCCACCACACAGAUGCAGGCGGCUGAUGCACGCAAAGCUUUCCCCUGCUUCGACGAGCCGGCCAUGAAAGCCAACUUCACAGUGACACUGGUCCACCCCUCCAACUAUGUGGCGAUUUCGAACAUGCCUGCCAAGAACACCAUGCAGCAGAUGAUUGAUGGGGAGGCCUGGAAUGUCACUGAGUUCGAAACCACCCCCAGGAUGUCCACGUACCUUCUGGCCUUCAUUGUCAGCCAGUUCACCUACGUGCAGAAUGACUCAGAGAGUACACUGAUUCGCAUCUGGGGCCGCCCCGAGGCCAUCAGCGAGGGCCAGGGCAGCUACGCACUCAAUGUCACUGGCCCCAUCCUCAGGUUCUUUGAGGGUCAUUACAACACGGCCUACCCGCUCCCAAAGUCUGACCAGGUUGGCCUCCCUGAUUUCAACGCGGGCGCGAUGGAGAACUGGGGGCUGGUGACCUACCGGGAGAACUCACUGCUCUUUGAUGCUGCAUACUCCUCCAUUGGCAACAAGGAGCGGGUGGUGACUGUCAUCGCCCAUGAGCUGGCCCACCAGUGGUUUGGGAAUUUGGUGACGCUGCGGUGGUGGAACGACCUGUGGCUGAAUGAGGGCUUCGCCUCGUAUGUGGAAUACCUGGGCGCCGACUCAGCUGAGCCCUCCUGGAACAUCAAAGACCUGAUGGUGCUGAAUGAGCUGCAUGCGGUGAUGGCAACAGAUGCCCUGGCCAGCUCCCACCCACUCUCCUUCCGCGAGGAAGAGAUCAACACCCCAGCCCAGAUCAGUGAAGUCUUUGACAGCAUCGCCUACAGCAAGGGAGCGUCGGUGCUGCGGAUGCUCUCAGACUUCCUCAGCGAGGACAUCUUCAAGCAAGGGCUGCAGUCCUACCUCCACACCUUUGCCUACAACAACACUGUCUACACUGACCUCUGGGUUCAUCUGCAAGAGGCAGUGAAUAAGAACAACGUCCCACUGCCUAACAGUAUCAGCGACAUCAUGGAUCGCUGGACGCUGCAGAUGGGCUUCCCUGUGGUGACUGUUGACACCCGCACCGGCACCAUCAACCAGACCCAUUUUCUGCUGGACCCUGCAUCCUCUGUGGACAGACCCUCUGCCUUCAACUACACCUGGAUCAUCCCCAUCACCUGGAUGAUAGACAAGAGCCAUGGGAACAGCAGCUACUGGCUGACCAAUGUCACAGCCACCAACGACCAGUUCAAGCUCAACAGCUCCAGCUGGCUCCUGCUGAACCUCAAUGUCACUGGGUACUUCCGUGUCAAUUACAACCAGGAGAACUGGGAUCAGCUCCUCAACCAGCUUGUUGCUGACCACCAGGUCUUCCCUGUGAUCAACCGUGCCCAGAUCAUUGAUGACGCCUUUAACCUGGCCAGGGCCAAGUACGUCAACGUGACCUUGGCUCUGAACACGACACGGUUCCUGAGCCGGGAGACGGAAUACAUGCCCUGGCAGGCAGCGCUCAGCAACCUCCAGUACUUCCAGCUGAUGUUUGACCGCAGCGAGGUCUUUGGGGCCAUGUCGAGCUACAUGAAGAAGCAGGUGACUCCUCUCUUCGCCUACUACAAGAACCUCACCAAUGGCUGGAAAGAUAUCCCCAGUGGCCUGAUGGUCCAGUACAAUGAGAUCAAUGCCAUCAGCACUGCCUGCUCCUAUGGCAUCACCGAGUGCCAGGAUUUGGCCACCAACUACUUGCUCCAGUGGCAGCAGAAUGCCAGCAACAACCCGGUCCCCCCGAACCUGCGCUCAGCCAUCUACUGCAGCAUGGUGGCCACGGGUGGGGAGGAGGCCUGGAAUUUCCUCUGGGACAGGUUCCGGGAGGCCUCUGUGGUGUCUGAGGCCGACAAGCUCCGCACAGCCCUCUCCUGCAGCCCCCACCCCUGGAUCCUCAGCAGGUACCUGGAGUACACCCUUGACCCUACAAAGAUCCGGAAGCAGGAUGCCACCUCCACGAUCAACAGCAUUGCCAGCAAUGUUGUGGGGCAGCCCCUGGCCUGGGACUUCAUCCGUGGCAACUGGAGGAUGCUCUUCAGCCAGUAUGGGGGCGGCUCCUUCUCCUUCUCCCGCCUGAUUUUAUCUGUGACCCAGCGCUUUUCCUCAGAAUUUGAGCUACAACAGCUGGAGCAGUUCAAGAAAGACAACCAGGACAUCGGGUUUGGGUCGGGGACGCGGGCGCUGGAGCAGGCGCUGGAGCGGACGCGCGCUAACAUCAACUGGGUGAAGGAGAACCAGGCGACGGUGCUGGCGUGGUUCAGGGGCGAGACCAGCUAACAGGCGCCUGCGCUUGCCCGGCCACCAGGAUGGACCCUCGUCCACUCCCGACUCCGUUGACUCCAUCCCCGCAGCCCCCAGGCCCCUGUGCCCCCCAGUCCCACACUGCCAGUGAGGGGCCUGACGCCCGGAUAAUGGGCACUGGGAACACGGGGGGCGUGGGAGGGGGGAGGUCAUGCUGGUGUAAAUAAAUACUGUGGGGGUGUAAAUAAAAACUUUCCCAGUUUC